UAACUUAUAUAUAGCCGUGUAAAAACGUAGUAGUAACAAUAUUACACACUCCAAAAUAUCUGGAGAAUAAGAAAGAUGAGCAACUUAUCCGGCGCUGGCAAGGUGGUGGGAGUCACCGGAGCCUCUGGUUACAUAGCUUCAUGGAUUGUCAAGUUUCUCCUCCAACGCGGCUACACUGUCAAAGCUUCUGUUCGUGACCCAAGUGAUUCAGGAAAGAUUGCCCACUUGACUUCGCUUGAUGGAGCUAAGGAAAGGCUUCAGCUGUACAAAGCAAACUUACUGGAAGAAGGUUCAUUUGAGUCUUGUCUUGAGGGUUGUGAAGGAGUGUUUCACACUGCAUCUCCCUUUUAUCAUGAUAUCAAGGAUCCACAGGCAGAACUGCUUGAUCCUGCAUUAAAGGGAACACUCAAUGUUCUCAACACAGUUGCAAAAUUCCCAUCUAUUAAGCGGGUGGUUUUGACAUCUUCCAUUGCAGCAGUUGCAUACAACGGAAAACCAAAAACUCCUGAUGUUGUAGUGGAUGAGACCUGGUUUUCAGAUCCAAAUAUUUGUAAGGAAUCUCAGCUAUGGUAUGUGCUUUCAAAGACAUUGGCUGAGGAUGCUGCAUGGAAGUUUGUUAAUGAGAAGGGCAUUGACAUGGUUACAAUCAACCCGGCUAUGGUGAUUGGUCCUCUGCUACAGCCAACACUAAACACAAGUGCUGCUGCAAUUUUGAACUUGAUAAAUGGAGCACAGGCAUACAGCAAUCUUAGUUUUGGAUGGGUCAAUGUGAAAGAUGUAGCCAAUGCCCAUAUUCAAGCUUAUGAGAUCCCUUCAGCUAAUGGAAGAUAUUGUCUGGUUGAGAGAGUUGUCCACUCUGCAGAACUCGUAAAAAUCUUAAGCGAGCUCUACCCUGGUCUUCAACUUCCCGAGAAGUGUGCAGAUGACAAACCUUUAGUGCCAAUAUAUCAUGUGUCAAAGGAGAAAGCAAAGAGCUUGGGAAUUGAAUACAUUCCAUUAGAGACUAGUCUGAAGGAGACUGUGGAGAGCUUGAAGGAGAAGAAGUUUGUCAAUUUCUAAGUCAUAUAAUAGUGUAGAAAUAGUAGUUUCUACCACUACAACCCUUCAAAUGAUUUGUUUUUAAUAAAAUGGGGUAUUUGUUUGGCUGAUGAACUUUUGGUAUUCUCUACUACUAAGAAGAAGGAAAUGAAAAAUGGCAUUACUGCUUCUUCUCCUUUCUUUAUAAUAAAAUGUAUCAUUUUUAUUAAA